GAAACGUAGUCUCGAAGGAUCGGUGAAUAUUAUUUAUCCAGUUUCUCCAGAUCAAAACACCUUUUAUCUACAACACCACGCCACCAUAUAGCCAUAUCACGAAAAAGUUGCUAAGAGUGGCAUAACAACAAGUUUUUUCAUCAUGCCGCCGGUAGCUACUUCUACGAUCACAACCUCGGGAUCAACCACCCCACGAUUAAGAACCAAUGGAGCAGGUGUUUCAGAAAAGAAUGAAGAUGCCCCUCCACGACAAGAUAUCGAUGUGAAAGAACAUGAUUUCUUUUGGACAUAUACCGAGGAACCUCACCGAAGCAGACGUUUAGCUAUUAUCAAAGCUCAUCCUGAGGUAACUAAACUUUGCGGACCUGAGCCCCUCACUAAAUAUGUCGUUCUCCUCGUCGUAUCAAUCCAAAUCCUCUGCGCCUACCUCCUCCGCAAUACACCUUUCCUCUCCUGGAAAUUCUUCCUCACUGCCUACAUCAUUGGCGCAACCGCAAAUCAAAACCUGUUCCUUGCCAUCCACGAAAUAUCCCACAAUUUGGCAUUUAGAAACCCAACCUUGAAUCGGGCACUGGCGAUUUUUGCAAAUCUACCUAUUGGAAUUCCUUAUUCUGCUUCUUUCAGACCAUACCAUCUUACCCACCACAAAUCCCUCGGCGUCGACGGUCUAGAUACCGAUCUCCCCACCCGCUUUGAAGCCCUGUUCCUCGAUUCCCUCCUUGGAAAAGCCUUCUUCUGCACCUUCCAGAUCUUAUUCUACGCCAUCCGUCCCAUCUUCGUCUACGCCGUCCCCUUCACCUCCAUCCACAUCUUCAACAUCUUCGUGCAAGUCGUCUUCGACAUCCUCCUCGUAAAAUCAACCAAUUCCUACAACUCCCUCUACUACCUCAUCCUCUCCGCCUUUUUGGCCGGUUCCCUCCACCCCUGCGCCGGACACUUCAUCGCCGAGCACUACGUUUUCGAGCGUCAGCCCCUCGCAGCCCGCGACCCCAAAACCGGUGUCGAAAUCCCAGAGACGUUUUCUUAUUACGGUCCUCUCAAUUUCUUCACCUACAAUGUUGGACUGCAUAAUGAACAUCAUGAUUUCCCCGCUGUUCCCUGGACACGUUUACCCGCCCUGCACGAGAUAGCCAAGGAGUUCUAUGCAGAGUUGCCCAGACAUGAGAGUUGGAUUUAUGUGAUAUGGCAGUUUGUGUGGGAUAAGGAGGUUGGAAUGACGUGUAGAGUUAAGAGAAAGGAAGGAGGAAGAAAAGUCGGAGGUUGGACGCAGCAGGAGGUCCAGGCUUAGAUUUCGUCUUUUUGUUUUCUUUUAGAUGUGAUAUGAGAUGAGAUUCGAGUUUUAGAGGAUUCCUUCUAUGAGUGGAAGGAGGAACAUAAUCCUUGAUUUGAAUUUUUAUAUACGAUUAUGAGAUGAGAUGAGUUAUAGAAUGCAUUUUUCAGCGUACACACACACACAUAUAUAUAUAUAUAUGUUUCUUCAAAUAUACAAGGUACACAUGAUAUCAAUUGUCACUUCUGCAAUUGUCUUUUACAAUUUAAUUGAGAUUUUGUACCUUA